GAUCAGGAGGAGAAGCGCGCUUGGGAACUUCAAGCUCGUUCAGGAUCGAGGCAGUCAUUGUUUCAUAGAAGCCGUGAUGGCGCUCCUCAAUGGCUUCAGCGAAGUGUGUCAUCGUGGUGUAAUUGUCAUUGUUGGCAUGUUGAGGCUUCUUUAUUAAGUGCUUACUGGUUUCACGCAAAAUGCGAUCAAGCAGAAGAACGGGAGAUGUUUGGAACGAAGCGGAGGUUUAGAAGGGCGUUUCUAUAGUGGACUUCUCAGACUCUGAGAACUUCAUCUCCCUUGGCUAUUCCCUGCCAUUUGAUGUACCAUCUCCUGGCGGAUUCUUGUCAUGACCAUGGCUCCUACGGUAUGCCCGUCUCUUCAUGUGCUGGAAGGUCAUUGCGAAUAUUGUGGUGAACUGUGUGACAGUACGCAGGGUGAACUCAAUGCUCUUGUUUGCACAUUUGAAGGGUGCCCAUCACCAACAAUCUACCACCAGCACUGCAUUGAAGCGUAUUUUAAAACCAUACGGCUUGACAAAAAGCAGCGCAAAAAUAGAUUUCAAUGCCCAAGAGGGCGUGGCAAAGGCUCCAAAACUGACAAACCUUGUCUUGGUCGAGUGACUAAAUCACAUUCAUUUCAUUCUCGCAUUGAUAGUAGUAAGAAGUGGAGGAAUUGCAAACUUCCUGAAAUAUCUCCUCCAACGAUUACUCCGACCACUCUUACUAAGAAGGAGAAAGAGGAUAACCCUCAACCAUUGAGCGCAUCGAAGUCUGUCAAAAUAGAGGAGAAUGAUGAAUUUGAUACUACACCAAAGCUUCUAAUCUUGAAUCGAGCAUCAGCGUUUCCUUCAUUAAGUGGGAAUAAUGGAAACACUUCUGAAAGCAUUAGUGUGAGUGGCAGUUCUAGUAACACGUCUAGUGGGGUUAAAGUAUUGUCAAGAGAAUCAACUUUAGCAGCCAUUGCGGCAGCUAGGUCUGAGAUAGCUGCUAAUAAAAGGGGUCCGAGUGUGAAGAAUAAUACCGAGACUUAUGCGAGUGGACGAUUAGAUCAUAGUAUCACAUCUCUUAACAAUCGUUUAGCUCAGAAUUCAAAAAGUGAUGAUGAUAGUUCACGACAAUUUAUGAACUCAAAAGAUUUCAGAAAAGUUCUUUCAGUUGGCAGGGGAGAAGUGGAGAAGACCCUUGUUACUAAUGCAUGGGCACGUGGACGUUGCAACGAGCUCCUGAAUGGAUUCAAGCAAAAUGUCUCAAAGAUACCUCCGCUAUUAGACUCACUCAAUUCAUCACAAGACGUGAAUGUGUCAACAUCUUCUACCUCAGUUGCACGGCCUCCAGUCAGACAACCAACAGUUACUGAACGUCUAGGACUUGGUGAAGGAGAGGAUGAUGAUUUGGAAGCUCGUCGACUAAAGGCACGCACAAAAAAUGAAAAGAAGCACUUGCAACGUGCAGCUAGGGCACGAGAGAAACGAGAAGCAGAGGAGGCUACCUUAGUUGUCAGCACUGCGAUACACAGUACAUGUCAAUCUAAGCAACAUGGUUCCGAGGCUAACUUUAAGCCAUGGAAUGAAAGCCUCACAAGUGUUAUUCGUCACAACAAGUUUCACUCUCUUGUCAAACAACUACAAGAGUAUGGAUUUGCUGACUGGCAAUCCAAUUUGGCUGUACGCAUAUGUGGUAAUGAUGUGGAGCAAUGCUUAGACUGGCUUCUUCGGAAUAGCUCCUCCAUGCAAGCAGAUAUGCGUGCUAAGCGGGAAGAGAUAAUGGACAUAACUCUGGAGUUGAAUGUAUUGAAAGGGGUUCUUAUUUCUGAAGGUUUUUCACAGGAGCAAGUAGAAGUGGCGGUUAUAAGUACUGAUGGUGACAUUAAUGAAGCUGUGAAAGUGUUAAGAUCUUCACGUUCAUAUUUGAACUCACCACAAGAAUCAAGCCAGGUUGUUGAUUCGGUUGCAGUGACUGCCACCGUAUCUUUUUGUAAUUCAAAGUCAAAAAUGAAUAUGAAUGUGGUCUUGGAUUCCUAUCAUGUUGUGGUUUCCCCGCGCCGUUCGUUUGGUCAACCAAUUCCCCAAAGCUCUAGUGACCUGGCUGCUGGAUGGGACGGAGUGCUGAAUGACACCACAGAUGACCGAAAGCUUUCACCACUGUCCGGCACUAUCAAUGGUGCUGAUCCUCAGCAAAAUCUUGGUCUAUUUUCUGAAGAAUUUAUUUCAGACGUUGCAAGGUGCAAUUCAAAACUGGGUCUAGAUAAUUUUCAACCCCCAAGGGAUACCAUACCAAACAAUGGAUCAUCAAGUGUGGAGACUCGGGAUCAAUCACAGGUGCUUCGUGCCACAUCCGUAUCUCAAAGAAAUGCUGGAUAUUUUGAAGCAUUAUCUGGGGGACUACAAAGUCAUCUACAUAACAGCUUUGAAUUGACAACGUCGACGGUUACCAGUGUUGCAGCAGCGGUUUUGAGUGACACGUUUGGUUUUGACGAGCAGAUGAUUUCACGUAUGAUGGAUCUUAUAACUGUCAAUGAAGCGCCGUUAAACUCGACCGUUAAUACUGCUGCCCUAUCGCUCAAUGGUAUAUGGAGCUCUCCUUCCUCUAUAUUCACUAGUUUUGCUGCCAACAAAGAGGUAACAAAUAAUUCCUUUCCAGAAUCCCUUUCUUACAUGCCAUCCAAUAAAACGCUUGAUGGACGACCUUUUAUUAAUUCUCCUCUAGGAGCAUUUGGAGAGAGACCCACUGAAGUGAAUUCUGAUUUAAAAAGAACUCCUUUGAAAAAUGGUUAUAGUCACGCAGGUCCACUGGAUACAUUCUUAUGGGAACAACAGUCCAUGAAAUUAAAUGAUGAGGCAGAGCAGGAUCUUCUGAUGUCGGAGCUCUUGUCACAAUUACUUGUUUGACUUUCUCGUGGUAAAGAAAGAGAAUUCAAUCGUUGCAGUGUCA